AUGUCGGAGAAGAGGGACCUGCAAAUUCUUUUGCUUGGUCUCGACAACGCUGCUUCGGUUCUGCCGCGAUCGCCUACUGGCUUGCGUGGAGAUGCAGGCAAGACCACGAUUUUGACAAGCCUGGCAGAUGAGGACAUUACGCACGUUACACCCACUCAAGGCUUCAACGUCAAGUCGGUGAUGUCGUCGGGCGUCAUGCUCAACGUGUGGGACAUUGGAGGCCAGCGUGGGAUUCGCCCCUACUGGCGCAACUACUUUGAUGGCACCGACGCUUUGGUCUAUGUCAUUGACUCGGCUGACCAAAAGCGGUUUGAAGAGACGGGCGAGGAACUGGCAGAGCUGCUGGCGGAGGCCAAGCUCAAAGGUGUAGCGGUCCUGGUUUAUGCAAACAAGCAAGAUUUGGAGACGGCAGCCAUGGCCUCGGACAUUGCCACGGGGCUGAAUCUGCAUACUAUCCGUGGGCGCGCGUGGCAGAUCCAGCCAUGCUCAGCCGUCACCGGCGAAGGUGUUAGGGAUGGCAUGGAAUGGGUCAUCAAGACAGUGAGCAAGAAAAAGAAGAAAUAA